CUUCUCCUCAGCCAGGUCACUCUCUGCUCUGAGCAGGUCUCUUCUCGCUCAAUGGAAACUACAGAAGACAAGUCACGUCAUUAAUGUGCUUCACUGUCCACUAUCUGCCCUGAAAGCUUCAGGACUUCGAGGACCAAGACACAAUCAUGGCUUUUGGGAAAACUGGGAAAGACCCCUUUAGCACCACCGUGGGGCAUCUGAUCGAAAUUCACACAAGUUCCACAAACAAAUCAGAAGACUGGGGCCAGUUUAUGAACAUCUGCGAUGUUAUUAACUCCACUGCUUAUGGGUCACGAGAUGCAGUUAAAGCUCUAAAGAAAAGGAUGAGCAAAAACUACAAUAAGAAAGAAGUCAGGUAUUCACUUUCUCUGUUGGAGAUGUGCAUGCAGAACUGCAUUACAACAUUUCAGUCCUUGGUUCUGAAGAAGGAAUUCUGCAAGGACGUGCUGGUCAAACUGCUAAACCCCAAGUACAAUCUACCGAUCAGCAUGCAAAACAGGAUCCUCCGCUUGAUCAUGACAUGGUCUACACAAUCACAGGUGAAUGUCGACUUAACAGAGGUCAAAGAACUGUAUUUGGAGAUGAUUAAGAAAGGAAUCCAGUUCCCUCCAUUGGAUGCGAAUGAAGGAACAACCACAGAGAUGGAAAGGGCCGAAAAGGAGGCUAUUUCGGACAAAACUACGACCCCAUCAUGUACAGAGACGUCCACGCAGGAGCUUUCACCUGAACAGAUCGGUAAACUGUACAGUGAGCUGGACAUGGUGAAAAUGAACGUGAGAGUCAUGUCGCAGAUCAUGCUGGAGAACGCCCCGGGAGCAGAGAUACCACAGGACGUGGACCUCCUGCAGGAGCUGGAGAAGGUGUGUCGGGAAAUGCAAGCCAGGAUCUUAAAACUCUUGGAAAUUGUCCAAAACGAGGACGUGAUCAUUGAACUGGUGCAAGUCAAUGAUGACCUGAAUAAUAUAUUCCUGAGACACAGCAGGUUCUUACGCAACAGAAGUAAUCAGGUGACCAAUGACAGACAGGACCAUGGCGCGAUUGGAAAGAAUCAGCCUUCAGCACCUUCCAGUGAACUCAUUGAGCUUGACCCAAUGCCGACCACACAUGACCAGACUAAUGGCUACCCUCCACCUGCCGCUGCCGUUCCUGUUUUGCCAAAUGGCCAUCCACAGCAAGCCCCCAAUAUCGAUACCGGAAGCACAGAACCUCCAGCGUAUGAAAACAGCAGGGACCUCCUGUACCCACAGAUGGACCUGAUGGAACUGAGGGCGGCUGUAAAUACUCCAUUUCCGUAUGGAGGUCAGAACCAGCUGCCGGCACUUCCCCUGAGAAACCUGUACGAUAAUGCUGCGUAUCGUCCUCCGUUCCCUCCUGCAGUACAGACUGCAGCCCCGUUCUUCCCAAGGGUUCCGGCUUCGACACCUUUUUUCCCGUUUGCCCAGCAUCCAGCUCCGCUCUUGCCCACAGUUCCCUUAUCAACGCCUCCUUUACCUGCGGAAACAAACUCAUCUCUAUUACCAGCAGUCCCGACUCUAAGUCCCACAGUUGCGCCAUUACCAAAGGAACCCGCCAAGAGACCUUCAGACACCUGCACGCCAUUGCCAAACUACUACGAGCUCUUAGAGUUUGAUCCGCUCGCUGACAGUAACAAGACGGAGGCUAUCUAUGAAGAAAUUGAUAUCACAUCAUGGAAAUCGAAGAAUAGUUCUUGCUAGUGCUCUGUGUGGGGUCAUUCUCACGCCUCGGAGGAUAGACAGAUGGAUGUAGAAGAACAAUUGAUUUUACCGAUGGGUCAGAUGAACGGAACGAACACCUACGGUGGAAGAAGGCAAACUUUCUCAAGGCUGUAAAGUGACAUCAUGACGACGGCGUGGGGUGGACUGGAACACCGUUUGCAUAGAGCAGCGGUUUAAUUCUGUGGUCGUAAACAUGAAAUCCAAGCUGAAAUCUCACCCAUGUCUCAAGACGUUGCUUCCACUAGCCCCUAGUGCUAAGAGGUUGCACUUAGAACUCUUUCAGCCCAAUUAAUUGACUACCACUAGGGGGAGCUUACUAAAGACAGAUUUUAUAUGGCUCCUAUGGAACCCAAUAAUUAAUAUAGUUUGUUCUUGAGCCUCCUCUAGUGGUGGCUGCAGGUAGCUAGAAUAUUAUUAUUUAAAGGGCAACGGUCAUGUUUUCAUAAUUUUUUUUUAUUUUAGCAUAUGUUACUGCUGCAGCAGCAUUAUGCAAUCU